GCCUCUGGUUUUCUUUUCUCCAUCUGUUUUGUAGGGUUUUGGCGCGGCGGCGGCGCUGUAAAGAGCACUGAUCAGUUUCAAGCCUAGGGGGAUUCUCCAGAAAUUCUGGCAUAAAAAAACGUCGAAGAUAAGUUAUCAGCUUGCUUCGAAUUUCCGUUGAUUUUCGAGUUUUAGUUGGAUUUGUUCCCCAAUAUCCUCAAACUUCCAAUUCUCGACCAAACCCUAUAACUAUUUUCCAUGAUUCGUCGGAGAACAACCCCAAGAACUCAAAUUUCUGAGCCACUGAAAAAGAAAGCGAGACGAGAAGAAAAAGGAGGAGAAGAAGACAUGAUCACCAGAUUACCGGAGGAUAUUUGCUGCCAUAUUCUCACAUUCUUGCCAAUUACACAUGCCGGAAAAACCUAUGGACUUCUGCUUCCUUCACAAACCUAGAGCUUGAUGACCGGUUACUGCUUCUCCGCGAAAGCUCCAAAACCAUGUCCGACUACGCUUCCCUAUUCGCCACCUUCGUUAUCAACGUGCUCCGCCUCAUCAAUUUGCCAUGCUUACGAAAACUCGCAUUCUUUUGCUCCGACCAUAAGAAUUUGAAUUGUAUAAAUUCUUGGUUGCUUCGUGCAUGCACAUCCAAUACAGUUGAGGUCGAGAUCAGGAUUUCUUACACGGAAAACCCGAUUGAACUGCCUCAAAUUUUGUCUGUCAGCACUUCACUUCUCGUACUAAAACUAAAUGGGAACAUACGGCUGGAUUUUCCUCCGGAUUGCGUGUGUUUUCCGAGCCUCAAGGUUCUCUGGAUAAGGUUUUAUAGCGAAGAUGGUAUUAGUUUUACGGAGAAGCUUCUCCACAUCUGCCGUGUGCUUGAAGAUUUGUUCAUAGAGGGUGACAUACUGAACAAGAAAAGGGAAUUGGUUUUAAAGGUGAAAUCGAAUACCCUCAAGUGGUUGAAGAUUGAAUGUCUGGUGCAUAAUUUCAAUGCUGAUAUCGACUAUAGCUUUGCGGUUGAUUGCCCGAACCUCAAGAACCUUGAGCUCUGCGAUGACUUCUUGGCCAAGUAUAGAAUCACUGUGGGUUUGAAGGUUCUCGAUUAUGCGAAGAUUUGUGUAGGAGACCCUUCAGCAGAUUACGGUAAACUUGAGCUUUAUUUCGAGGUCAACCACUCAAAUCGUGCAUUCGAGCUUCUUGAAGCACUCUCAAACGUCAAGUCCUUAUCGUUGUCCGGAGGUACUACAGGGGCCGUCGGCUAUUCCUACGAGACUCGGGACAACGUAGAAGAAAUUGCACUGCAGAUCCGGUUGAGAAAUUUCGCGGUAAGGUUUCCUUUCCUUGCGUGUUUGGAACUCGUUUUCUGUACUUGUGAGAGCUGGAACUUAUUGGCGUUGCUUCUACAUAGCUCUCCUAAACUGCAGUACCUUAUCUUGAGAAUCGACUGGAGAUUAAAGAGAGACUUUGCCUUCAGAAGAUUGUUGUACAAAAUGCCAGAAGGAUCCACGCCGGAAUGCUUGGGGCUCUGCCUUCAAGAAAUUGAGAUUUUAGGGUUCGAAGGGGCGUUGUACGAGUUGACAGUGGUAGAGUUCCUUUUAGCUCAUGCCGAAGUUUUGCAAAAAAUGAGAAUCCAUGUCCAAGAAGUAACACCAGAUGCCGAGAUGAGGUUCAGAAAUCAAGUGUUGGAAUAUCCGAGAGCUUCAGAAGCAUGUCAGGUGGAGAUGAUCUCAACUACAAAAACGGAAAAUUGAAAGAUUAAAUUAUCUUUCAAAUUCAUGCUCAUCUGUCGACUCUGCAAUUUCCGAGUAUGUUUCCUCUCAUUUUAGCCUUACAUGUAGGGUGUAAAUCGGUCCGAAACAGCUCGAGCUUGCACCGAGUUUGGCU